AUGUAUAGCCUCAUCAUUUAUCUGUGGACUUUCACCCACCUUACUACGCUAUCAUCAGCCAAACUACAAAUGAGGCUAACCGAAGAUGUCGAUGUAUUGAAAUGGGUCAACCCGUUGAUAGGCAGUCAAAAUGGUGGGAACGUCUUUUCAGCCGUUGGCGACGUUGAUGGCGCGAAUACCGGAGGCUUCUCUACUGACGGAUCAAACAUCACCGGUUUUUCAGCGCUUCACGAUUCUGGAACAGGGGGGAAUCCCAGUUUGGGAAACUUUCCCAUCUUUCCGCAGAUAUGCGCCCAAGACGACGUCAACUCAUGCCAUUUCCUGAUUGCAGCACGAGCGACCCCAUACAUAAAUGACUCAGUUGAAGCACGGCCGGGGUACUUUGGAGUCACUCUGAAAAAUGGAAUUCACGCCGAUAUGGCAGUCUCGGAACACGCUGCACUGUUCCGGUUCGACUUCUCAAAGGUGUCGACUGGCAAUGCGAGUGCCGACCCACUCAUCAUGCUUGACCUGACUGAUCUCUGGGCAAGUCGGCAGAAUGCUUCAAUCAGUAUUGACGCGAUUGAUGGCUCUGAGAGUGGAAGAAUGAAAGGCAACGGCACCUUCCUCCCAAGUUUUGGGGCAGGCACAUACCAGGCUUACUUCUGCCUGGAUGUUUCCGGGGGGUCCGUGAAAGACUCCGGAGUUUGGGUCAACAACGGAGCAGGAACAGAACCAAAGAAUCUUUACGUUACUCGGGGAUUCAACCUGUUCUACCUCCAGGCUGGCGGCUUCAUACGCUUUAAAGGUCCGCUCUCUGGGCCUGUACUUGCGCGUAUGGGUCUCGGCUUCAUUAGCACUGAUCAGGCAUGCCGAAACGCUGAGCGCGAGAUACCUGGUCCCAAUUACAACUUUGAUGGGCUGGUGAAAACAGCUGAAGCAGCCUGGCGCGAAAAGCUCAAGCCGAUAACAGUCGAAAAAGGAGACGUGGAUGACAGCAUGCUCGUCAGUUUCUGGAGCGCUGUCUAUCGCACGAUGAUAUCACCACAGAACUACACGGGAGAGAACCCACAUUGGCAGAGCAGUGAGCCAUAUUUCGAUUCGUUCUAUUGCAUCUGGGAUAUGUGGCGUGUUCAACUUCCGUUUCUCACGGUCUUGGACCCGGCGAUGCUGUCGAACAUGGUUCGAAGUCUACUCGAUACGUACAAACAUCGCGGGUGGCUCCCAGACUGCAUGAUGAGUACCUGCAGGGGUUGGACACAAGGCGGUUCCGACGCUGACAACGUCCUCGUUGAUGCUUAUGUGAAGAACGUCACUGGUAUCGACUGGGAACUUGCAUACCAAGCCAUCGUCAACGAUGCUGAGAACGAACCUCUAGAAUGGAGUUACCAAGGACGAGGUGGCCUGAACAGCUGGAAGAAAUUGAACUACAUUCCGUACCGCGAUUUUGACCCAGUCGGUUUUGGUACAAACUCUCGAAGCAUAUCCCGGACACUGGAGUAUGCGUACAACGACUUUAAUCUCGCAACUCUCGCUCGCGGCCUGGGUAAAGACACUACCACAAAAUACAUGUCCCGCGCAACGAACUGGCAAAACCUCUUCAAAGCAGACCAGACCUCUUCUAUCAACGGCGUCAAUACAAACUUCACCGGUUUCUUCCAACCUAAAUUUCUAAACGGAACUUGGGGCUUCCAAGAUCCCAUCGCGUGUAGCCCAUUGACGAGUUUCUGCUCCCUGACAUCAAACCCAUCCGAGACUUUUGAGUCGAGUGCAUGGGAAUACAUGUUCUUUGUUCCCCACGACGUCGGCAAACUCAUCGAACUAACAGGCGGCGACGAAACAUUCAUCAAGCGACUUGACUUCUUCCAUACCUCAGGUUUGGCAGAUAUUGGUAAUGAACCAGUCUUUUUAACAGUCUACAUGCCGCAUUUUGCUGGCAGACCAGCUCUUUCUGCCAAACGGGCGCGUUCCUACAUACCAUCAAGCUUUAACGACACCCUCCCUGGACUCCCCGGUAACGACGACUCUGGCGCCAUGGCCAGCUUCGCCAUCUUCAGCAUGUUUGGCCUCUUCCCCAACCCAGGCCAGAACGUCUACUUCAUCACACCCCCCUUCUUCCCUUCACUCUCCAUCACUAACCCAAUUACCAACGCUACGGCUACAAUCCACAACAUCAACUUUGACAAGGCCUACAAGAACAUCUACAUUCAGAGCGCCAAACUAAACGGCGAGACAUACACACGCAACUGGAUUGGCCACGAGUUCUUCACAAAGGGGGGCAUACUGGAGCUGGAGCUGGGAGACAAGGAGAGUGAGUGGGGAACCAAGGUUGAAGAUCGUCCGCCUAGUAUGUCGAGUAAGCAAGACACGGCGACGGCGGAUUUGGGUUUGAGGAUGGUGUGA